AUGGAUGCCAGCCAUAUUCAGGAUGAGGAGUUGGGGACCUUGGAGGUGCUGUGGUCGCCCGAUUUGGACGCACGUUGGCGCCUGCUGCGGCGCCAUAUAACACCUUUUGAGAAGGACCGUAUGGCGUACCACUCUGCCAAGUAUCAAAAGCCUGUUUUUGUACUCAUGAAUCCCGUCAUCUGGCGUCGGCUGGUCGAAAAGCAAGGCGCGUAUCGUGCUGUGGAUCUCAUGCUGAUGUUGGGCUUUGCACCCGCCCCUGAAGGGGCGGCGAGCCUGCUGGAAUGGGUCGAAAGUGAGGCUGCGGGGACGACCUGCAGCACUGCUGGCGCGGCCACAGCCCCAGCAGCGUCAUCAGCAUCGUCAACGGUCUCAGCUGGUGGUGGGACUUUUUUUGGGCGGCGAUCACUUGCCGUGCCGCCAGGCGUGGGGGAGGAGUCGCGCACAAGCGGCGGUGUUCGUUUCUGGGUGCUGAACCACGAAGACUCACGCCCGUACACCUCCGGUUCUCCAGUGAGCCAAUUUGCCUCCCCACGCCCCACAACAUCAGGUAUACACGCCAACAGUCCCACACAGUCGACAACAGUUGUACAAAUUUCAUCGCCGAUCGCUGCACCUGCUUCUCCGCAUGCCUCUUUUGCUCCUGGGCCUUGUGCCGAAGCGGACGGCGCUGCCGCCCGCAUCCGCGACCUUGAGGCGGAGGUGAAAGACCUGACACGGCAGAUACGCCUGUUGAAGUCACGAGAAUCAGAUCGGGAAGGAAGUGUCAUGUCAGAUGUAGGUUCACAGAACGAGACGCCACAACCACACAUCAUCGUCUGCCCGGAGCGUCCGUUUAUUGCUUCCACGAACUGUCAUUCACUCGUCUGUCUACCUGUAAAUUAUCUUGAUCCCGAUUGUGCACCUUAUGUGGUGUCACUUGGCGCCUCCACAGGGCGAACACUGUUAGCUUGCACCAUUGUAGAGCACCGCUACGUUAUCUUUCUCGCCCCACCGCACCGCCGUGGUUCACUGGCCGUUGUUUUGCUUUGUACGAGGGACGGGACGCUGCGGCCGUACACGCGGGCAGUGUGGUUGGAGUACAGGGCACAAGACCCACCCAACACCCUCACUCACCACGCGGUCAACCAGCUGCUGCAAGAAAUACCAUUGCCUUCCUCUGCCACUGUUGUUGAGCCAAAUCCAAGUGAGGUGGAACAAACGAAGAGUGAAAGCGCUUUUGAAGAUGACAACACGUUCUGUGAUACAGAUACCGCCGUUAGCACUUCUGAUCAGGGGCUUGAGUUGGAGCCACAGCUACCGCUUACAAAGGAGAUGCUACAACUUAUUCCCAACGGCGUUAUUACAGGACAGCGUGUAUCACGCACGGAGGCGACGGGUCAAAUUCAUCCAAAUGGCACAACAUUGAGUGUGGCUGAAAGCGAAAGUUCGUUGGCCGGAGCCGAACGUGAAGGGAGGACAACAACAAGAAGACUGUGGAACGAAAACGACGAGAUGAAACCUGGCAGUGUCUCUAUGAGCACGGGUCGCCCGACCAGCUAUCAACGCGGUCAGCAGAGUGGCUUCUCAGACGAGGAAACAACGCAGCUUGCGUUUAACUGUAUGACAAGCUGCACCGAACUCAGUAGUUCCACUGCGACGUCGGUUAUUAGUGUUGAGAGUGCGACACCCAACAACGGAUUGGGUUUCGCCGGCAUUAUGGCGUCGCGUGGCUGGGUGCGCCGGUAUCUGCACGCAUCACCGCUGAGCAGUCAAUGCUUUGGCGGGCAAACGUGUCUCGGUUCCCUGUCAGCUACGGUGACUGUAUUAGACGAGCAGGUGCAAUGCGCUGAACCUCAGCCAUCGUGGCCAAGACGAGGGUCCGUGGCCUCUCAAUAG